AUGUGAGGUUGGACUUGGGUGAAACUGAACUCUUUGGGUUUUUUACUCAGUUUGCAGACAACAUGGCUCGGCUGGUGGAGUGUGUCCCCAACUUCUCUGAGGGUCGAAACAAAGAGGUUAUCGAUGCCAUCUCAGCAGCCAUCUCCAGCACACACGGCUGCAGCCUGCUGGACGUCGACCCCGGAGCCUCCACCAACCGCACCGUCUACACCUUUGUGGGUUCUCCUGAGGCGGUGGUGGAGGCGCUCAACGCCGCCCGCCAGGCCUUCAGCCUUAUUGACAUGAGGAAACAUUCAGGUGAACAUCCUCGGACUGGAGCCAUGGACGUUUGUCCCUUCAUCCCCGUCCAGAACGUCAGCAUGGACGACUGCGUGCACUGUGCCAACAUGUUCGGACAGAAACUGGCAGAGAUGCUGCACGUGCCCGUGUAUCUUUAUGGAGAAGCAGCUCGAACAGAGACCAGGAGAAGCCUUCCAUCUGUGCGAACAGGAGAGUACGAAGCUUUACCUGAAAAGUUGAAACGUGAUGAAUGGGCCCCCGACUUUGGCCCCGCCCUCUUUGUACCAUCUUGGGGCGCCACGGUAACUGGUGCUCGUAAGUUCCUCAUUGCCUAUAAUGUGAACCUGAUCAGCACCAAAGAACAGGCUCAUCGCAUCGCACUGGACAUCCGGGAGCAGGGCCGAGGGAAGGACCAGCCUGGGCUGCUGAAGAAGGUGCAGGGGAUUGGCUGGUACCUGGAUGAGGCUGACCUUGCUCAGGUUUCCACCAACAUCCUGGACUACGAGGUGACGCCCCUCCACGCUGUGUAUGAGGAGAUCUGCAGAGAUGCGGAGGACCUGAACCUGCCCGUGGUCGGCUCUCAGAUUGUCGGUCUGAUCCCUCUCAAGGCUCUGCUGGACUCUGCUGACUUUUAUAUCCAGAGAGACCGACUCUUCAUCAUUGAAGAGGAGCACAAAGUUCGACUGGUGAUCAGUAAACUUGGCCUCGACUCCCUUGCUCCAUUUAACCCAAAGGAGAGAAUCAUAGAGUACAUGGUGAAGUCACAGGAGGAUGGACAGCUGGUGUCUUUGUCUCUGCGGCAGUUUGUUCAGAGCGUUGGUGCUCGGACAGCAGCUCCCGGAGGAGGAUCAGUUUCUGCAGCAGUCGGUGCGAUGGGGGCAGCACUGGGUGCAAUGGUUGGUCAGAUGACGUAUGGGAAGAGGCAGUUUGAGAAUCUGGACAGUGUGAUGAGGAGGCUGAUUCCUCCAUUUCAUCAGGCCAUGAAUGAAUUGCUGGACAUGGUGGAUGCCGACUCCUCUGCCUUCAACAGCUACAUGGCAGCGCUGAAAAUGCCAAAGAAAACUGCAGAGGAAAUGAAAAGGAGAGAAGCUGCGAUGCAGGAGGGACUGAAACAAGCUGUUGGCGUCCCGUUGGCUCUGGCUGAGAGGAUCAGCGUCCUUUGGCCGUCUCUUAAAGAAAUGGUUGUCUACGGAAAUUUCAGCUGCAAGUCUGACGCUCAGGUAGCAGCUAAAGCUUUAGAAACAGCUGUUUUUGGAGCGUACUACAACGUCACAAUCAACCUCAAAGACGUCAGAGACGAAGCCUUCAGAGCAGCUACUCAGAAGAGAGCAUCAGAGCUGCUGCAGGAAGCCAAAGACAGCAGCGCCGCCAUCCUCCAUGCUGCGGAGAAAAGAAACUGAAAAUACUGAAGAAAUAAUUACAGUUUAAAAAAGCUGCACAUGGAAGAUAAUCUGACAAUAAUGUGACUUUAAAUAUUGAAGGGCUGGAUACAAUCAAUGUAUUAGAAGAGAAAAUGUUCAGAAUAAAAAGGUUACUUGAAGCGGUAAAAGUUUUUAAUUUUUGGUCAUUUCUUUCAAUUCAUAUUCACAGAGCAGAAUCACAAUACAAUUUUAUUGUAAGAUAAUUUUCUGUGGGAACAGAUUAUGUUGCAGUGCACAAACAUGGUACGAGAAGUUGCUGUAAAAAGGACUUACAGUUAUCCGUUUUUACAAAAAUGUCUAAGUUUUUUAAAAGAGCCUCUGUUCGCCUGAAACUUCAGCUUUUUGUAACCAAUCAUUUCUGCUGCUUAGUUUAAUCCAAUUUGAUUUGGUUUAGGUUUGAAGCUCUAGAAGAUACUGGUGUCUUUGUUUCUGGAGUCACCAUGUGACCGCCUGAAUACAUUUUAGGAUCAUCUCUAUUUUUCUCUCUGGAAUCAGAGCAGAGCUUCAAGCAGCUUUAGUAAGUAAGAACUUUUCAUAAACUCAGUCCUGCCUCCUCCACUGCUCCAGAAUAGAGAGUUACAGCUUCCGGAAACAAAUAAAUUACUUCUUUGCAAAAUUGUCUGCUUUAUUAUAUACAGGUCAGUGGUAAGUGGUUUUAAAAACAAACAAAAUUUUCCUAUGAAAGUGGUCAGUUAGAACUGGGCUGAAAACGAGUAAAAAAGCAGCCAA